CUUUUAUCUAUUCUUUAUCUAUAUUUAAAUUAUAAUGUCCAGUAUACCUAAAGAAAAAGCAGAAAGCUUUUCUGAAAUGGAUCAGAUAAGAAGUGGAUCUACCCAAGCAGGUAGUUCCAAUAUAUGGCAUUCAUUUAGAGAUUCUUUUAAACCAGCUCUUCGGGAAGAAACUUUAACUAGUGCCCAUGUUAGCGAAAAGGAAUAUGAAGAAAUGGAUGAUGUUCAAAGAGCAGCCGUUAAUGCAUCGAAUUCUCAAUUGAAAAGAGAUUUAAAAGGACGUCAUUUAAAUAUGAUUGCAUUAGGUUCUUCUAUUGGUACCGGGUUAUUUGUUGGUCUGGGUGAAUCUUUAAGCACUGGAGGUCCAGGAGGGAUCGUUAUUGCCUGGGUGAUAAUAGCAACUGCCAUAUAUGCCACCAUGCAAGGAGUUGGAGAAUUAGCAAUUGCAUUCCCAAUCAGUGGUUCUUUUAAUAUUUAUGCUAGUCGUUUUUUGGCUCCAAGUAUAGGAUGUGCCAUUGGAUAUAAUUAUUUUUUACAAUUUUUAGUUUUAGAAGUUGUUGAACUUGUUGCUGCUUCAUUAACUAUUAAAUAUUGGAAUAGUAGUUUAAAUCCUGAUAUUUUUGUUGCUAUAUUUUGGGUAACUGUUUUAAUAAUAACAUUAUUAGGAGUUAGAUGGUAUGGUGAAGCAGAAUUUAUUUUUUGUUUAAUUAAAGUGAUUACCGUUAUUGGAUUUAUUAUCUUGGGAAUUGUUUUAGUUUGUGGUGGUGGUCCAAAUCAUGAAUUUAUUGGUGGGAAAUAUUGGAGAAAUCCUGGUCCCUUUGCCAAUGGGUUUAAAGGGGUUUGUUCAGUAUUUGUUACUGCAGCUUUUUCCUUUGGUGGUACCGAAAUGUUAGCCUUGGGUGCUGCAGAAGCAACUAAUCCCAGUAAAUCAAUUGGUAAAGCCAUUAAACAAGUUUUUUGGAGAAUUACAAUUUUUUAUGUUGGUACUUUAACAAUUAUUGCAUGUUUAAUUCCAUAUAAUGAUAAAAGAUUACUUGGAUCUUCAAGUGUUGAUGCAACGGCAUCACCUUUUGUUGUUGCCAUUGUUAAUGGGGGAGUUAAAGGGUUACCAAGUGUGAUUAAUGCAGUUAUUUUAAUUGCCGUUUUAUCGGUUGGUAAUGCAUCAGUUUAUGCUACUAGUAGAAGUUUAGCAUCAUUAGCAGAACAAGGAAUGUUUUGGAAAUGGGGAGGAUACGUUGACAGAAAGGGAAGACCACUUUUUGCAAUUUUAUUAACAAACACAUUUGCAUUAUUAGCAUUUAUAGCAACAUCAGAUAAACAAACUGAUGUUUUCAAUUGGUUAAUGGCAUUAUCAGGAUUAUCAUCAAUUUUCACUUGGAUGUCAAUUAACGCAAGUCAUAUUAGAUUUAGAAAAGCAAUGAAAGUACAAAAUAGAUCACUUUCAGAAUUAUCAUUUAAAGCACAAUCAGGAAUAUGGGGGUCAUAUUACGGAUUUAUAAUUAAUGCAUUAGUUUUGGUUGCACAAUUUUGGAUUGCAUUAUUCCCAAUUGGAGGUAAACCAAAUGCUUAUGAUUUUUUCCUUUCAUAUUUAGGUAUGCCAGUUUUAUUAUUCAAUUGGUUUAUUUAUAUGGUUCUUAAAAAGGAUUGGAGAUUAUUUAUAAGAUCAAAAGAUAUUGAUUUAGACACUGGUAGACUCGAAGUUGAUAAUAUAUAA